AACACACACUCACACCACAGUCGCCUCCUCAAAUUGAAGAAAGAAAAAACAUUUCUUUGUCUCUCGCAGACUCGCAGUGCCGCUCUCUUUAUCUCGUUCUCUCUUCUCUGGUCUCCUAAGCCAGAAGGCUGCCACAGUGCAAGGACAGGGUCGACGACGAACACGCGCUCGCUCACCCUCUCUUUCUCUUGCUUUGUUCCAAUCGCUUCAUCCAUUUCAGGAGUAUAUCUAGAAUCUAUUAUAGUCUGAAACCAAAUGUUCUACCUUAGCCGAAUUGAGCACACAUUGCGUGUGCCACCUGACAUUUUGAGGCUUCCUUUAGCUGAAGCCAUUAAGGUUGAGCUUGAGAAGCUUUUUUUAGACAAGGUUGUUUCGAACUUGGGGCUUUGUAUUUCUGUCUAUGAUAUUAGAUCCAUUGAAGGUGGUUUUAUCUUUCCCUCUGAAGGUGCUGCAACUUACACGGUGGUGUUCACCGUAAUCAUGUUUCGUCCGUUUGUUGGAGAAAUUAUUGGUGCAAAACUAAAGGAAUCAGAUGCUAAUGGUUUACGCUUGUCACUUGGAUUUUUUGAUGACAUAUAUGUACCUGUCAAUUUAUUGCCUCAGCCAUCACGCCCUGAGCCUGAUCCAAGAAAGAGAGGCAGAGUGACAUGGAUAUGGGACUAUAAUGGAGAAGAUUUCAUUAUUGAUUGGCAGGAUGAGAUAAGGUUCCAAGUUCGGAGUGUAAAUUAUCCUCCAGUUCCAAUUGAACAGCUGAAUGAGUCAAAGCCAUUUGCCCCUAUGGUGAUCACAGGAUCACUGGAUUUUGAUGGUUCAGGCCCCAUUUCAUGGUGGACUGAUGCAGAACAAGUUGAGUAGGAAAAAAGAAAAAAAAAAGGCUUUAGAAAAGUAGGAAAUUUUUGUACCAGUUUUGCCUGUAGCUUUUUCUGACUUCUGUCCUAGAAAUCAAAGAUAGAAUAGAAACAUCUGAAGUUCAAAGCUAAAAAAAGAAGAUGACAUACUGUCGUUUGCUGCAAAAAGUGAUUGUUUAUACUGAGAUUAUUAGAACAACCCAAGUGGCAACUUGUGAUUGUUUCAACUUCAAGUUCUCAAUCCAAAUUGUAAAUUGACAGUA